AUGCAAUUGUCAUACUGUUUGGUAUUUCUUGUUUUGCAGUUAUAUGUCGCGCAAAUAACGGUAUCAAAUGAAGGCGAUGAGGCAAUACAAGCAGUAAUAAGAAAUGACGACGAAAUAAGGACUGUGGCUGUCGACGGGAAAGCAAACGAAAAACGGUUCAAAUGUAAAGUAUGCAAUAAACCGUUCAAAUGGUCCUACGAUCUGCAGAGACAUAAAUUGACGCACGGAAACGAACGACCAUUCAAAUGUUACGAGUGCAAUAAAACAUUCAAAGAAUUCAGCAAUCUGAAGAGGCACAAAUUGACGCACGGAAACGAACGACCAUUGAAAUGUUACGAGUGCAAUAAAACAUUCAAUGAAUUCGGCAAUCUGCCGAGACACAAAUUGACGCAUGGCAACGAAUGA